AAGCUCUUGAGCUCCUCUACCUCUUAGAAAGCACAGUUGAAUCAGAUAUCAUGUGAAAGACAUACACACUUCAUAUAAUGCUACCUGCAAGUCUCCCUAGAAAAGCAGUUUUUGUAGGUGAAAACAAUGAAGCCAGGUAAUAUUCCAAGGAGGCUGUAAUUUUAGCAGACCUACCAACAACACUGAUGUAGGAAGCUCAUUAUUUUAAUUUCUGGAGUCUUUUAAUUUUUUCUUUAGAAAGUGUAUAAAUAAUUGCAGUGCUGCUUUGCUUCCAAAACCGGGCAGUGAGUUCAACAACAACGACAACAACAGCUGCAGCUCAUUCUGGCCGUCAUGGAGUUUCUUGAAAGAACGUAUCUUGUGAAUGAUAAAGCUGCCAAGAUGUAUGCUUUCACACUAGAAAGUGUGGAACUCCAACAGAAACCGGUGAAUAAAGAUCAGUGUCCCAGAGAGAGACCAGAGGAGCUGGAGUCAGGAGGCAUGUACCACUGCCACAGUGGCUCCAAGCCCACAGAGAAGAGGGCGAAUGAGCACGCCUAUGCCAAGUGGAAACUCUGUUCUGCUUCAGCAAUAUGCUUCAUUUUCAUGAUUGCAGAGGUCGUGGGUGGGCACAUUGCUGGGAGUCUUGCUGUCAUCACAGAUGCUGCCCACCUCUUAAUUGACCUGACUAGUUUCCUGCUCAGUCUCUUCUCCCUGUGGCUGUCAUCGAAGCCUCCCUCUAAGCGGCUGACAUUUGGAUGGCACCGAGCAGAGAUCCUUGGUGCCCUGCUCUCCAUCCUGUGCAUCUGGGUGGUGACUGGCGUGCUAGUGUACCUGGCGUGUGAGCGCCUGCUGUAUCCUGAUUACCAGAUCCAGGCGACCAUGAUGAUCAUCGUUUCCAGCUGCGCAGUGGCGGCCAACAUUGUACUAACUGUGGUUUUGCACCAGAGAUGCCUUGGCCACAAUCACAAGGAAGUACAAGCCAAUGCCAGCGUCAGAGCUGCUUUUGUGCAUGCCCUUGGAGAUCUAUUUCAGAGUAUCAGUGUGCUAAUUAGUGCACUUAUUAUCUACUUUAAGCCAGAGUAUAAAAUAGCCGACCCAAUCUGCACAUUCAUAUUUUCCAUCCUGGUUUUGGCCAGCACCAUCACUAUCUUAAAGGACUUCUCCAUCUUACUCAUGGAAGGUGUGCCAAAGAGCCUGAAUUACAGUGGUGUGAAAGAGCUUAUUUUAGCAGUCGACGGGGUGGUGUCUGUGCACAGCCUGCACAUCUGGUCUCUAACAAUGAAUCAAGUAAUUCUCUCAGCUCAUGUUGCUACAGCAGCCAGCCGGGACAGCCAAGCGGUUCGGAGAGAAAUUGCUAAAGCCCUCAGCAAAAGCUUUACGGUGCACUCACUCACCAUUCAGAUGGAAUCUCCAGUUGACCAGGACCCCGACUGCCUUUUCUGUGAAGAUCCCUGUGACUAGUUCAGUCACACUGUCAGCUUCCCAAAUUUGACAGGCCACCUUCAAACAUGCUGCUAUGCAGUUUCUGCAUCAUAGAAAAUAAGGAACCAAAGGAAGAAAUUCAUGUCAUGGUGCAAUGCACAUUUUAUCUAUUUAUUUAGCUCCAUUCACCAUGAAGGAAGAGGCACUGAGAUCCAUCAAUCAAUUGGAUUAUAUACUGAUCAGUAGCUGUGUUCAAUUGCAGGAAUGUGUAUAUAGAUUAUUCCUGAGUGUAGCUGAAGUAACAGCUGUUUGUAACUAUCGGCAAUACAAAAUUCAUCUCCCUUCCAAUAAUGUAUCUUGAGAACACAUAGGUAAAUUUGAACUCAGGAAAGUCUUACUAGAAAUCAGUGGAAGGGACAAAUAGUCACAAAAUUUUCCCAAACAUGAGAAACAAAAAAUAAGGAGAGCCAAGUCAGGAAUAAAAGUGACUCUGUGUGCUAACACCCCAUCACUUGGUUCUCUCACCAAGCUGUAAUGUGAUUUUUUUUUCUACUCUGAAUUGGAAAUAUGUAUGAAUAUACAGAGAGGCACUUACAACUAAUUUUUAUUUACUUGUCACAUUUUGGUAAUAAAUCCCUCUUAUUUCUAAA